UUAAGACCUACGAGGACUUCAAGGAGUGUUUCAGCGCCUACAAAAAGGAGACCAGGUGCUCCUUCAUUGUCAGGGACUGCAUCUCCGUCCGCUUCCACAACCUCAACCACGGCACCUCUUUCCGCGAGGAUAUCCUGUGCGGUCUCUCCAGCCCUCCAGACCGACGGGAGGCUCCGCCUUGGUGUUCCCGAGGCGAACAUCCUUUCACAGGUUCUCAUUGGUUAUCUCCGGCCGAGCCUCCGUAUCCCUGACAACAGCGCCCGCCCUGGAGCAAGCAGUCCAGGAUUGGUCCGUAGCUCCCAAGUUCGACAGCGAGCUCCUUAGGCCUUUGGCCUGAGUCAUUGAAAAGCUGGCGUGGUGAUUGGCGAGCCUGGACGUCAGUCAGUCGGAGGCGGGCCCAGUGGGAGAAAUGGCUGCCGCGUCUGCCGUCUGCCGUCUGCCGGUGGAUGAGCGGUCUCAGCAGUGGAGGCGUGGAGCCGGGUUGCAGCGUUUAGGGCAUACAGCUCCCACCAGUGGGAGGUGGAUUUCGGCUCCGCUGGACUUGAACGUGAACGUCACCCUUCCGCGUCCCACACCCGGGAUCAGGCCCAUCUGGAACAGAACCUAAAACUACAGUCUAGCUUCAGCAUCGAAUUACAUGUCAACUGAGAAACUUAAUGCCUCCCAGCUCCUCCAUGGCCCUCACCAUGCUGAAUGGACUUCUUAUUGAGGACUCAAGCCCACCUACACUGCUACACCAGAUUAGCAAGACUCCUCAGCUGGAUACCUUCAACUACCAAAGCUGCUUCAUGCAAGACCUCUUUGCUCAUUUCCCUGAAGUCCUAUUUAUACACCGAACCUAUAACCCAAGAGGCAAGGUGUUAUACACCUUCCUGGUAGAUGGACCCCGCGUACAGCUUGAGGGGCCUCUGGCCCGAACAGUGUUCUUUGCUAUCCCUACCAAUGAAGAUGCCAAAGGCCUGGCCCAGAUGUUCCAGGUGUUCAAAAAGUUUAACCCAGCCUGGGAACGAGUCUGUACCAUCCUGGUAGAUCCCCACUUCCUCCUGCUGCCCACCCUGACCAUGGAGUUCCCCACUGCUGAGGUCUUGCUCUCAGCCUUCCACAUUUGUAAGUUCCUCCAGGGGAAAUUCUAUCAGCUCUCCCUGGAGAAGCCGGUCCAAAAUGUGCUUCUGUCCUCCCUGCAGAGCACAAUGUGCUCAGCCACAGCUGGCAACCUGAGGAAGCUCUACACACUCCUGAGCAACUGCAUCCCCUCCACCAGACUGCCGGAGCUCCACUCACACUGGCUGCUCAAUGACCGCAUCUGGCUGGCCCACCGCUGGAGAAGCCGAGCCCAGAGCAACCGAUACUUCCAGAGCCUAGAGAUCACAGCCCACCUCCUCAGUCAGUUUUUUGGCACCACCCCAUUUGAGAAACAAGGCAUGGCAUCUGUGUUCCGGUACAUGCAGCAGAACCAUUCUGACAAAGCAAGCCUCAACCUGGCUGUGGCUCCCAAGGACAAUCACACUCCUUCAGAUGCCAUCCUCGAAAGCCCCAGCACGGAGCAAUUAGUGGAAGCCCGGAUCCAGCAUUCCCUCAAUGCCAUCUGCACAGGGCCAGCAGCCCAACUCUGCCUAGGCGAGCUCGCCGUGGUCCAGAAAUCCAUGCACCUCAUUGGCUCUGGCUCAGAAAAAGUGAACAUUCAGAUUCUGGAGGAUACACACAAUGUACAGCCCCAGGCCCCUGCCAGCUGCAGCUGCUACUUUAACCAAGCCUUCCACCUGCCCUGCCGCCACAUCCUAGCCAUGCUCAGUGCCCGACACCAGGUGCUCCAGCCUGACAUGCUGCAAGCUCAGUGGACCUCAGGCUGUGCCGCCAGUCUAGACAGCAUCCUGGGAAGCAAGUGGAGUGCCACCCUGGAUAAGCACCUGGCCGUGACUCUCCUCACUGAGGAGGUAGGCCGGCUCUUGCAGCACUGUAGCAAGGAGGAAUUUGAGCGUCGCUAUAGCACCCUUCGGGAACUAGCCGACAGCUGGAUUGGCCCUUACGAGCAGGUCCAGCUCUAAUCACACAUCCAUACCCAACACUGGGGAACUGCACCCAGAACAGUACAUAUGCUAGGCAGAUACUCUUCAACUGCCUCUUUUUAUUUCUUAUUUUGAGACAGCCUCUCACCAGGUUGCCUAUGCUGGCCUCAAACUCACUACAUAGCUGAGACUGGCCUUGAACUCCUGAUCCUCUGUCUCCCAAGUGCUGACCACUGCCU